AUGUCAGAGUAUGCAGCACUUCGGCGGAAUGUGUCUAGCGGGGGGGGCUUUCCGGUUCCUUCGAUGCUGAGCGAGACUGCAUCCGAACCAAGCCAGGGAAUUUCCGACCAAAGUGUCGUCUUCUCCUACUACGAAUUUCUAGAAUUAAAGGCACUCCCCAAAUUGCUUUCAGCGGACGUCAAAUACCUCGAAUCAAAAGGGUGUUUCCGGGUCCCCGGCGAUAGUUAUCUGGGUGAUUUCAUGCAAGAGUAUUUUCUCCACGUCCACCCCUGCCUGCCAAUUCUCAACGAAGGAGACUUCUGGAACUUAUAUGGGCAAAUGGAUACCAUGAUUCGUGCCUCCAAGGUCUCCCUCUUGGUCCUCCAAGCCAUGCUGUUUGCUGCAUCCGCAUUCGUUCCCCUGCGCACGCUACGAGCCUGUGGUUUCAGAGACUCUCAUGAGGCUCGGGAGAGACUUCACCAACGUGCUGCUCUGCUCUAUCAGUUUCAAUCGGAAUCAAACUUAGCCUCCAUCGCGCAGGCAUCCUUGUUGUUGUCAUUCCAAUCGUCCGCCCGCGAUGUUCAAAACAAUACAUCAUUCUUGUCUACCGCUAUUCAAUGCGCUCGUGCAGACCGUGCCCACCUCUACAGCGUUCUUCCCCAAUUAAGUGCACGAGAACGACAGGAUAAAAAGAGACUGUGGUGGUGUUGCCUUGUACGAGACCGAAUCAUCGCGCUUGGGGUGCGCCGGCCGCUUCAGAUCACCCCGGACCAAUUUGAUCACCAUCGGGAACCUUUCGCAGAGCAAGAUCUAGCAUGCGAGAUUGGAAGAUCUAGGGUCUAUGAUUCAGAAACCAAGCGGUCGCUCAUCAAGAUCUUCGUUACGCAGUGUGAACUGGCAGCCGCGCUCACAUCAACCAUCAUGAUUAUCUAUCCGCUGGACAGUGUUCCUAUGUCACUGUCGCACACGAGCCCAGAUCUAGUGGGACUGUCCGGCAAAAUGAAAAGUUGUAGACAGGACCUCAGUACGUGGUUCGAUGCCGCGGAGGCACGAUUAAAGCACAACUCGGGGAAGGACGUUCUGCGUGUGGACUUUGUGACGCUGUAUGCAGAUCUGCUGCGACUUUAUUACUACUCCGCUCAGAUGGCGCUGGGCCAUUUCAUUAUAUAUACUUUCAGCAGGAGCCAUACAGUCAAUCCGGACUGGAUGAUGCAGUUAAAUACCAGCAAGAGUGAUCUUAAGGCUGCCUUUACGGGCCUGAAGGGUGUCUUCAAGAGGCUAGUGACAUCCAACCUCGCUGGCCAUCUUCCGAUUAGCGCAUCUGCGUAUACAGCACUACCUCUGCUACUGGGCUCUCUCGAUGUCUGGCUGUCACCAUCAGAUCACCAGAAGAAAACCCGUAUGCGAGACCUCUCACAUUGCGUAGCGGCCAUGCGACAAUAUGAAAGCCGAUUCAGCUUCGCCAAGUUUGUUUCCGAAAUAAUCUCUUCGCUCUCCACCAGUCGACAAUACGUCCGGAUUGACCUCAUCAAUAUCAAACCACCGACCUCAAACUUGGAGUGA